AUGAUAUUCACGACCCUCUUCGCCUCUUGUCUUCUUGGUGUAGCCACUGCUGCUACUUUCACCAAUCCUCUCCGACCUAGUGGUCCAGACCCUUUUAUCGUUUACGAUCAUGACACCUCAUCGUAUCUAUUCAUGCAGACCAACGGAGAUGCUCUUCGAGUGACUAAAUCCCCCACUUUAGCUGGCAUUAGUGACUACGGCAAUGAGCAUCUCGUACUCCAAACUCAAGAAAUGAAGGAUAAACCGACUGUCUGGGCAGGUGAGAUCCACAAAAUUGAUGGCAUAUGGUAUAUCUACUACUCUCACGCGGACGCUGUAUACGUUGUUACCGGAACAAAGGAUCCAGUAGGAAGUUACAAAAAUCCAGUCAAGCUUUACGAUAAAGGAUGGGGUAUUGACGGUACGGUCCUCGUGGUUGGAGUCAAUAAUUACUUUGUUUGGUCAUGUCACUCUGAAGAUGUAUCAGAUAACAACAUUGGUGGAUCAUCCAUCUGUAUUUCUCCCCUUACUUCGCCUACCAAGAUUGAUCAAGAUCGAAUCUCAAUCAUUAGUAGGCCUGAACAAGCUUGGGAAGAGACUGGUGGGAAGACCAAUGAAGGUCCUCAGCCUCUCUAUUGGGGUGACCAAAUAUUUAUCACAUAUUCCGCAAGUUUCUGCUCUACCGCGGAUUACAGCUUAGGAUUGCUACAUUUAUCGGGUGAUGAUCCUAUGAAUGCCGGUGCUUGGAUCAAAAAGACAGAUGGACCAGUCUUCAAAACAGGCAAUGGGGAGUAUGGCCCUGGUCACAAUGGUAUGUUCCUCUCCCCCGACAAAUCUGAGUUGUGGAACAUUUAUCACGCAACAACCAAUUCUGCGGGAAGUUGUGGAAACGAUAGAUCUACUUUCGCACAAAAAGUAGAUGGAACCAAUGGUUUGGAUUUCGGUAUUCCUGUAGGACCAGGGCAGUCUGAAGGACCCUCAGGAGAGGAUACGGCCUCCAAGCCAGCAGAGAGCGACAUCAAUGCGGUCGCUACAAGCUCGAAAGCCGUGACCGAUGUCGCUACUACCUCCACAAAGAGGCGUUCUCAACGAACUCGACCAGCUGUCAGGAUGGUCAACACAGUCACUGUUAGACGAGAGGGAAGCGCAAGAUCUAAAGCCAAAAGAGCUAGGUUUGCUGAAGAUGACGACGUGCUAUAG